GCCACCACUACUCCGUACUACCACCACCACCACCACCCUCCGACUCCACCUCAGCCUUUUCCAAAACUCUGCGCUCACUGCCCAGUCAUCUCCGUUUUCUCCUCUUCCCACCACCCACAAGAAAAAAAACGCACAAAACCCUCCGCUCGGAGAUCCAUUCGAGCACAUCUCGCAAUUAUCUUAAACCCACCUUUUCGCAAUCGCAGUUCACCGCCCUGCUUAGGCAUCUCUGCAUCUUCGCGUCCUCCGCGGUAAAAUCUUCCAAGCGUACAAAACCUCUUCCUUCCUCCACCCCUCUCUCUUGAGAACGUCGCCACUUUCCACACCACCACCCAACACCCCGCCAUAAACAACCACAGUAUCGUCAACAAUCGCCAGUAGCAUCCUCUCUCGCCGUGUUCCCGACCACCGAGUCUUCUUCCGCGAGAGUUGAACAUACAACACCACCCUCACGCGGUACAAGCCACAUAGCAGUUUAUGUAUCAGCACGACAAUACCACCGUCUUCAGACACUUCGUCCCCAAGCUGCAAUCAUUUCGCAUAGCGAAACCUUGUAGCCCCAACAUCAGUUCCGUUGGCUGAAAUCUCCGAACCCAGAGGAGUUCAUGAAUUCUCGACAGCAAAGACGAUCUAGUCUCGCUUUACCCUAUGUUCAUCAAAAGAACCCUUGAGCAUUGAGUCCGCCUUCUUGCUCCCCUACCAGCUUCCUCGCCAAUCAGUCGAUCCUAUACUAUCACGACCUCCGGCUUCUUCAUGCUACCCGCCCGUCCAAACGACAGCACUACCAGCUUCGCAUCCCGAGCCUUUUAACCCCAGAUCCAAUCAAUCCUCCUAAACCAAAAAUACUCUUCCAAGACUCCUCUUCAGUCCACCUACUACCAAUACCGCAAUCAUGGCUUCCCUCAUCAACGUUCGUCGCGACGUCAAGGACGCUUUCUAUCGCUACAAGAUGGAAAAGAUCGUCACCAAGAUCGAGGGCAAGGGCAACGGUAUCAAGACCGUUGUCGUCAACUUGAGCAGCGUCGCUCAGUCUCUCGCCCGUCCCGGUGCCUAUGUCAUCAAGUACUUCGGCUUCGAGCUCGGUGCCCAGACCAACGUUGACCCCGCCGACGACCGCUGGAUUAUCAACGGUUCCCACAACGCCGCUAAGCUGCAAGACCACCUCGAUGGCUUCAUCAACCGUUUCGUUCUCUGCAAGAAGUGCAAGAACCCCGAGACCGACGUCAACAUCAAGGACGGUCGCAUCCUCCUCGACUGCAAGGCCUGCGGUCAGCGUUCCGAGGUCGACCUUCGUCUGAAGCUUAGCGGUUACAUUCUGAAGAACCAGCCGAAGAAGGGCAAGAAGGACAAGGCCGAGCGCAAGGCUGCCCGCCGCGCGAAGGCCAACGGUACCAAGGAGAACGGACAGGGAAGCGGAAGCGGCGGAGAAGGAUCCGACAACGGCUCCAACGACGCCGACGACCAGGAUGUUGGUAGUGAUGACGAGUUGGAGAAGAUGAAGAAGGAGGCUCCCGAGAUUGACCAGUUUGAGACCCAGGAGCACGAGUGGGCCGUCGACAUGAGCGAGGAGGCCGUCAAGGCCCGUCAGGCUCAGCUCCCCGGCGAGUUCAAGCAGAAGCUCAACAUGGGCGACGACGAAGACGAGGAUGGCGAGGCCUCCGGCAGCACCGUCUACGACGAGUUUGGCACCUGGAUCCAGGAUGAGGCCACUGCUAAGGGCAGUGUCGACAAGGUCGACUCGAUUGACAUCUUUGUCAAGGCCAAGGAGCUUGGUAUCGAGACCAAGCACCGUUCCGUCUUGGUUCUGGUUCAGACCAUCUUCGACGAGAACAUUCUCGCCCAGAUUCCCAAGCGCGCCGGCAUGAUGAAGCAGUUUGUUACCUCUGAGCGCCACGAGAAGGCCCUCCUCGGUGGUACCGAGCGCCUCAUCGGCCAGCUCGCCAAGGAGCACUCCGACAUCUUUGACAAGGUUGUCAAGAUCCUCCAGUUGUACUACAACCACGAUCUCCUCAGCGAGGAGGUCGCCGUCAAGUGGGGUACCAAGGCCAGCAAGAAGUACACCGACCUGGCCAACUCCAAGAAGGUCCGCAAGGCCGCCGAGCCCUUCAUCAAGUGGCUUGAGGAGGCCUCGGAGGAGGAGUCGAGCGAGGAGGAAGAGUAAAUGCGUAUCUGACGGACAAGUUGGGAGACGUUAUUGGCAUUUCGGUGUCAAUGACUUUUCGUGCCCAACAUUGACUUUGAUUCGCACAUCUUUUCUGGGCAGCAUCGCCAGAACAGUCCGCUCGUUUUCUUUCCCCUCGAUUCCCAUCUCCAUUCGGCGACUGAGCGUUUCCCUUAACCUGGAACAUCUCUUGUCGGUGGACGGGAUGUCGGUACUUAGGUAGCACACAUCUUGUAGACUGCAGCCAUUGGCGAAUUAUCCACUCUCACUCUUUGACCGGCGCCUUUGUUUCAAUGUUUCUUGAUCUAUCUAUGUCAAAUUCCGG